UUCACUGAAAAAGUCAUAUAAGUAUCCUACACUUCUAGAUGAAGGUCGUGCUGUUGAUGCUGGUGGCGUUGAUGGUGGUUCUACCAGAUGUUAGCGGGUUGCGAUGGAGGGAGUGGUUCAGAGAGAGAGUCAAGGAUCCGGUUAAAGCUUGGGCGUAUAAAAUACGACAAGGGAAGCGCGACACCGACGGCCUUGACACCAACAAAGAUGGGGAGUUAGAUGAGACGGAACUGCAGCAGGUUCUGGAGGAGCGAGAUGUAAAGAACCUGCUGGAUGCCAUGGACGUUGACGACACCAUUUCAGUCGAGGAGUUCGAGAGAAACCUCCGUGAAAUGGAUGAUACAGAUUUAGAUGACCAGUAGGGCGGCAUUGAUCCAGGCUGCGAGUGAGCCAGGACCUGUUCCUGUCGUCUCUGCUGUACCGCGGCACUCAAAUAAAAGAUAAAUAAGCCCUUGAA